AUGCAGAAAGCUGAAGUGGGAGAAGCUGAUAUAAGCAGUGUGGAACAUGAUACCAGUUUGCGUAACGUAAAAAUGAACAGGCAGAACGAAGCACCCCAUUCAGCCAUCCAAUAUGCACCAGCAUGCUCGCGAACGUACAUGUUGGGUUUUACCGUCAUGAGCAUCAACUCUAACCCGUACAGGCACAGGGAAAAUUCACCGUCUGCAAAGCUCAAACAACUUGAGAAUCCGACGCACAUGAGUGCCCUCACAUCCGUGAGAUUGAACUACUCUUGA